CCGAGGGAUGAAUACCAUUCACUGCAACCGAAUGAGGGUUCCUAUGAGGACUGCGUCCCUGUCUGCCUAUGUUCCACAUCCUUGGCCUGGGCCUUGGUUUCCGACCUUCCUCGACAAGCCUGCGUUGAGUGGCAGGUGAUUACUCGCAGUUGUAGAUCCAGUCCAACUAAGCUUUCCCAAGGCAGAUCCGGACGUCUUUUGAAAUUGAAAAAUCGAGAUUCAUUGUCUUACUUGCCGGUGAUCGCUUCUGGUCAAUCCUAUCAUACCUUAACUACUAAGACAAUGAUGACUACUGAGAUAGACGACAUCACCUUGGGAUGUAGCAGUAAUCCACAUUUGGCUCUGAUCACACUCUGGAAUUGGGCUGCGAAUGGUGAUUUGGAAACGAAGACCGGACUUUUGAACUCCAUCGAACAUCUUCCUGGAUGCUGGAUCCCUGUUGAAGGAUUUAUCUCUGAGGACAAUGAAUUCGAAUUAAUUCUACUUUUUCCUUGA